ACUUCCCUGUCGUUUUAAAAGUUAUUUACAACUCGUAGAUCUAUUUAUCAUGCUCUUAGUUUUAAAGAUUAUAUCUCCCUCUGUCGUUUCAAUGCUACAGUUUAGAAAGUUAGAGUAUUCAUGUCUGUAAAAAGCGGUCCGUAAAAAGUCACUUUGAAAAACCGGGUGUUUCCUGUUCGUUUCCGAUUUGGCUUUUGGACACAGACCUACGUUGCGUACAUCAUACAGGAAAAGUUGUGUACUUGGUAAAAUAUACAGAGCAGACUGACCUUUAAAACAUUAUAUUCUUGGUCAUGUUGGUUGUAGCAUUUAUGCAGACGCCGUCUGUCAACAAACUCCCUUGCAAAACCCAUGUCUGAUUGUCCAUGAUCCCAGGGCCAAAGGCAAGCCUGCUGUUUUAAUAGACCCUUUUUGGCUUUGACACCAGGCGUGGCGGAGGAAGCCACUGCAGGCCCAAACAAAUCUUAAUAUAGAAUAUAAGCACAAAACAAACGAACAUUUUGUGUACGACCAUGCGGUCUUUUGUUUGCUGCUUGUUUGUUGUGGCCAGCAGUGGCUUCCUCCGCCUGGUGUCCCGCUGAUGCAGGCUAGGGUCAGUCUGAGUCCGAGUCAGCACAGCCAUGGGCAUGGGGUGCGAUGCUGAUGAUUGAGAUUGAUGUUGAGAAAAAAGCCAGGUCAAACUUAUCAGUGUAAGCUUUCAUGAACAGUUGCAACAAAUAAGGACGAAAGGCAGCUUUAUCUCUGUAACUGAAUCUAUCUGCAGUGAUAUUUGGUAUUGUUUUCCCCUGAUUAACAUCCUUGGUUUUGAUUUUCAUGUUAUUCAACUUUUCAGGUUGAUGGCAAUGCUCACGGGGAUUCCCCUGUUGGUCAUCCCGAAUAGACCAUACUGAGUCAUUAGCAUGGAGCCUGAGGUCAUAAAACAGUCCUUCAUGGAAAAGCGGUCCUUGGGCCGGAGUACUAUCACCAAGAUAAAUUACAAGAAACGCUUCUUCCUUCUGAUGCCAAACUAUCUGAAAUAUUGUGCUGGAACACCAGAGAAAGGUCUUGGUAAAGAAAAAGGACGCAUUGAUCUGACGACUGUGAAAGUAAUUGAAAAUGUGGAAAAUGAUGAAUUAGAUGGGAAGAAAAAUGUGUUCCAGCUCGGCUACAAAGAUGCUGACGUCUACUAUAGUUUGUUCAUUGUAGCAGAGACGGAGCAGGAGCGACAGGAGUGGUUAAAUGUGCUAAGACAGGUCAUACAGAAUAAUGAUGCUGACCUCUACACGCAGUAUCACCCAAGUGUGUGGGUGGCCAAGGUUGGCCGAUUCACAUGUUGCGAUCAGAAGUCAAAGAAAGCACCAGGAUGCCAGCCGUGUUACCACAUACCUACUAUACCGAAACCCCCAGUGCAUGUUGGACAAGAACAGAACAAACAAAACCAAGCUUCCAGACGAGGACCACUACCUUCUCCACCAUCAAUGGAUAAAAUAGGGUCACCUCCUGUGAACCCAACGAAAGAACAGACGGUGGUUGCCCUGUAUAGUUUUGAUGCCAGCGAUGAGCAAGAUCUCUCUUUAAUCCAGGGUGAGGAGUACAUUGUACUGGAUGACAGCCGGGAGCAUUGGUGGAAGGCAAGAAAUGCUAUGGGCCAAGAGGGUUACAUUCCGGCCAACUACGUUGAGACAGUUGAAGGUCUGGAGAAAUAUGACUGGUACCGUAAAGACAUCACGCGACAGCGGUGUGAGGCCAUCUUAAAGAACGAGGGGCGAGAGGGGUGCUUCUUGGUGAGAGACUCAGCGACAUCCAAGGGAACAUAUACUCUCUCAUUAUACACUAAAGAAAGAUCAGAUGGUGUUAUAAGGCAUUAUCAUAUCAAGAAGAACUCCGAGGGCAAAUAUUUUCUCGCAGAGCGUCAUGCAUUUGAUACGAUACCAGAUGUCAUUCAGUACCAUAAACAUAACGGAGCAGGUCUUGUACAAAGAUUACGUUCACCACCGGGACAAAGCAAUACUCCACUUACAGUUGGACCAGGCCAUGACCGAUAUGAGAUUGAUCCUAAUGACAUACAACUACUGGAAGAACUGGGAAGUGGACAGUUUGGGACUGUUCGUAAGGGUAUGAUGCGUGGUAACACAGUAGUUGCUGUCAAGAUGAUGAAGCAGGAUAAGAUGUCUGAAGAUGAAUUCAUUGAAGAAGCAAGAGUGAUGCAGAACUUGCAAAAUGCCAAUCUAGUCCAGUUGUAUGGUAUAUGUACCAAGAAGCCCAUUUAUAUAGUAACGGAAUACAUGAUGAAUGGCUCUUUAUUACAUUACCUCCGACGACGAAGGUCACGAUUCGUAGGCAAAGUUGGUACGUUACUUGACAUGUGUAUCCAGAUAUGUCAAGGAAUGGCCUUCCUCGAGUCCAAGUCGUUUAUUCACCGCGACUUGGCAGCAAGAAACUGUCUUGUUGGCGAGAGAAAUCAGGUGAAAGUAGCUGAUUUUGGAUUGGCAAGAUUUGUAUUGGAUGACCAGUACACAAGUUCUAGCGGCACCAAGUUCCCGAUCAAGUGGUCUCCACCCGAGGUGUUGAACUACUGCAAAUUUAGUAGCAAAUCUGACGUGUGGGCAUUUGGCGUGCUAAUGUGGGAGGUGUUCACAUGUGGAGAAAUGCCGUACGGGAAGAUGCCCAACCAUCAGGUCGUGGAGUAUGUUGUCACGCAGAACAAACGACUCGAGAAUCCCGCUCAUUGCCCACCACAGCUGUUUUCUAUCAUGUACAAAACCUGGGCCAGCAAACCAGAAAACCGACCAAACUUUGAGACAUUGCGACAGCAAUUAGAUCAGCUGAUAGAACGAGAUUAUGCGGAAUAGAGCUGCUGUGUUCUGGGUUGUCUCUUUCAUAUAUCCUAGAAUAAGUACCACAUUCCCAAUCAUGUGAGGGGCAGGUUAUCACAUGAGCAGUCUUGCUUGAAAGGUUCUACAAGUAGGCAGUUCUCAAAUCAAAAAGCUGCAAACAUCAGGGCCAGAUUCUGGUUGUUCAAAGCAUGUUAGGUCCAUCCUGACUUUACAUUAACUUGGCUAAAACAUGUAGGUCCUGUAAACUAAGUGUCAACUGAAAGUUAAGCAAACUUUAGUGACCACUUUGUUGUGAACACUUGGGCUUGAACGUUUUAAGCACUCCUGAUACAUUGGCUUGACUGUCGCAUCUGGCCUCAAGGUGCUGAAUGAAUGAUUUUGGUGAUUAUGGAGUUUUAUUCAUAUAAAACAAUAUUUGAAUUCAGAUUGUUGUGAGGGAUGAUAAACAUUUCAAUCAGCCAUUUCACUUAACUCUGGGAAGGGUGGAGGUGAUUGUGGUUUUGGGUGUUUAUGUUUACUAAUCGUUGUUUGUUACUGCUGAUUGUGUUGUAUCUGUGAUCAUGUUUAGACUUUAAUAUUUUAUCCUGUUUUAAGACAUGGCAAUCGAUAAGGGUGCUGCCUGAAAAGAAGCCAAACUUUUGUCAUGUGACCCCUGUGUCCCAAAAUAAAACACCGACGAAAAUUUGUUGGUUUAGAGUAUCUAGUAUCGGCAGUUGGGAUCCCAGUUUUGUAGGUCGUGAUUUGAAAUAGAGUCAUCCAGCAGUAAAUCUCGUCAUUUGCUGAAUAUAUUUUGACAAUUUUGCAAGAUUACCAGUAUAGCCCACAAGUUUAUAUAGAUUGGUCAUUCAACUUGACCUGGCUUGUAAAGUCCUUUUAUUUAGAUGCAUUCCCAUUUCCUGUUGACUAAUUCUUGUGAGUUUAUGAUAGUGUAGAUAUGAUUAUUACCAUUUUCAGUUUUCAAUAUCCUGUACAUAUUCUAUAUAAAUUUUAUGAAGUUCAUAAUAGCUUGGAAUAUACCUGUUAUCCUGAAAAAGUUCAAGUAACACAAGUGAAACUCUGAAAUUCAGGUAAGACAAGUUGUGAAAUACCUAUGCAUGGGUUAUCUCCUUUACGGAAUGAUAUCAUGAAUUAAGCCGUAAACUGUAGCUCUUGUUCUCUGGUCAGAUUUUGUGACCGUCGGGCCUUGUGGCUUGUGUCAACCUGGUCCUUGUAAACAUCAUUUGCCAUGAAUUUGACUGUGUACAGUUCUAACUUGGCAGUUUGCUACCGUGGGGCUUUAAGUAUCGAGGUUAUUCAAAAUCAUGCUAAUAUUUCUUUUCUGCUCUGUUCGAACUGUUUAUAUUUCUCUUGCCUAUCAUGCUGGUGCUUACUUAUUGUAAAUGUGUGUGUUAAUGUGCCCUAACCCGUUAACCCUUUAGCAGUAGAAACAGAUUAAGGUUAACCCACUUUCAAUACAGCUCAAUUUCUCAGUUUAGUUUGAGAGAAAAUCUUUAACAAAUGUUGCUUGCAUAGCCAUUCAAUUCAAACUUGUUUCACAGUAUGCAAAUUAACAUGUAGUUAGAAUAUAAGAAGUAGAACAGGGGUUGACCCAAAUCAUUUCACCCAGAAAAGGUAUCUGCCGCACUCAUGAUGGCUUUGUAACAAGUUAGGCAGGACAUAUUGAGUGAAGCGCUUGUUGAUGUAUAAAAGGCCUCUCUUGCUGCAGAAAAACCAUGAUGUUCUGUUGAGUUAUCCAGCUUUGUAUGCAAUAUCUGAGAUAGUUACCUAACUUUUUGAAAUUUUCAAUAGUUUCGCUUGGUUUUAAAAUUUAUAGCAUCUCAUAUUUUGUAAAAAUUCAUUGAUUAUAUUAUUUUGUUUCGCAUGAAGUAUGAUUUGUAUAUCAAAGAAAAAUUUGUAUUUUAUGUAUAAAAGUGUAUACUUUGGUAAAUCUACCAUUAAAG